CCGAAAAUGAAAGUAGAAUACACAUUUAUAUUGUUAUUGCAAGCUUUUAUAGGUCUUGCUGAGGAAAAAUGUUCAGCAAAUGACCCAGAAAGUUGUAAAGAUGGUGACGAGGGAGGACAUGCGAAAUCCAAAUAUGCAAAGGGGACCAACACAAAAUGGAAUAACUACUUAGAAAAAAUAGAACAGGCAGUUUUAGAAUACACAGACUGCAACCAGGACGACUGUUCCUGUCAUGCUAGUAUGAUAGACACUGACCUGGGAGUGUGGGAGGAUAGUGGAAUCUCUAGGGAGAAUCUGGAGUCGGCAAAGCAGCGGGGUACCCAUUACCAGAUAAUCAACCACAAAUUGUACAGGGAAAAAGAUUGCAUGUUUCCAGCAAGAUGCAGUGGCGUGGAGCACUUUAUCCUGGAGAUAAUCAAGAAGCUGCCCGAUAUGGAGUUUAUCCUGAACACACGUGACUGGCCCCAAUCUUCCCGGUACCAGGAUCCCCUCCCCGUCUUCUCAUUCAGCAAAGUGGCGAAACAGAACUGGGACAUCAUGUAUCCAGCUUGGACCUUCUGGGAGGGAGGCCCUGCAGUGUGGCCCAUCUAUCCAACAGGGCUGGGACGCUGGGAUGAACAACGGGAAAUUAUACCAAGAGCUGCGAAGAAAUGGCCCUGGGAAAAAAAGCAUAACAAGGGAUAUUUCCGGGGCUCACGGACAAGUGCAGAACGGGACCCUCUCAUUCGCCUGUCUCGUGCAGAACCAGACCUUGUUGAUGCAGAAUACACGAAAAACCAGGCAUGGAAGUCACUUGAGGAUACCUUGGGUAAAGAGCCAGCAAAAGAAAUAAGAUUAGAAGAUCAUUGUGAUUACAAGUACUUGUUCAACUUCCGUGGCGUGGCUGCAAGUUUCCGGUUCAAGCACCUGUUUCUGUGUGACUCUGUGGUGUUCCAUGUCGGGGAGGAUUGGCUGGAGUUCUUCUACCCGGCAAUGAAACCCUGGGUACACUAUAUACCAGUGAGACAGGACCUUAAUGAUGUCAAAGAGUUGUUGCAGUUUGCAAAAGAAAAUGAUGAAGUUGUCCAUGACAUUGCAAAAAGGGGACGACAGUUUAUCUGGGACCACCUGCGAAUGGAAGACGUGUCAUGCUAUUGGUUGAAACUGUUGAAGAGAUACGCACGCUUGCAGGACUUCAAACCCACACAGAACAAGACCUUUAUGCAGAUCAUGGCGAGAUAAAACAAUCCGGCGUUUAAAUUCAUUAAUACAAACAUUACAUCCAUGUUUUAUGAGGAUUUGUUACAUUAACAGUAAUUUAGCGAAUAUUUAAUUGAAUUUGUGCUUAAAAGCAAUCACGUUCUAAGUGGACUGUAAAAGAGGCCAUUGGCGUAUGCAAAUGUGAAUGCCUAUCUGUUGGAUUUAUCGUUGUGAGUGUGUUGUUUUGAAACUACACAAAGAUUGUAAAGACCAAUUGUAUUGAAUUUUUAUUAGAAUUACAAAUCAUUCCUGUGUUUUUGGAGGUGUCCGUUUUACAAACAUUUAUGUGUUUUUACAGUUGAUAGCUGGUUUGUAUACCAUUUGCUCAUUUUUGUAAUGUUUAUUAUUAAAAAUUCCAUGUACUAAUCAUAGGCAAACAUUCUCAUAUUGCCAAUUGAACAUGUACUUUCCACUAUUAAUGAAAUAGAUGAACAUACAUCGCGUUUACAAUACAGUAGUGCCAUUUCAUGACAGUAAUAGUGUUUGUGUUGUACAUGUACUUUAUUGAUGUAGUGUAUUAUUGAAUACCACCAUGUCUUAUUUUGUCCUACUCUUAGACAUUUAUAACAUGUUUGUUUUUGAUUUUUAAUUAAUUUGUAAAAAACACUGAAUAAAGGACUAUAAAAUAAAUAAAAUAAAGAUA